UCGCGACAUUCGCAGCGACCGCACGCGCGAUAUGAUAUAGAAUUAAAGUGAAAAUGUCUAAGUAUAAGUUAAUUUUUGUGUUCCUCUUCGGCGUUCUGGUGAUAGUGUCGUCGCUACCCAGUCCGACCACAGACGACGAUGAUGAUGAAGAUGAUACGACACCGAGCCGAGCUGACGCCGAUGAUGAUGGCCGCAUCUACAAGAACCCCAGGAACUCACCCUCCGCCCAGUGUCCCAGAGACGAAGAACAAGCCACAUUGCUUGGACAAAAGUGUCUCCGCAAAUGUUCAUCAGACGAGGACUGCAAGAGCAAGAAGAAGAAGUGCCUAUGCGAUGGAGCGUGUGGCAUGUCCUGUAUCAAACCAGAUCGCGAAUGCCCCGAGCUGGAACAACCUGAAAUUGGUAAAGUUACACUAACUGGACGACAUUUUGGAGACAAAGCCGUGUAUUCUUGUCCUCUGGGAUACCACGUGGUUGGCCUUCAAAGCAGAAGUUGUCAGGCUGAUGGCAUGUGGGCCGGACAGCCACCGGCUUGCAAAGAAAACAUAUAUUGUCUCCAACCACCGACUAUUGAACACGCCCGACACUCAGCGCUGCCCGAACAGGCCACUUUUGACCUGGACGCCACGGUUCAGUACAACUGCCACACUGGUUACGUCACCAACGGGUUUCCUAGGGCUAAGUGCUUAGCCAUCGAUGGUCAAGCUUCCUGGUAUGGCCCGGACAUUACAUGUGAACCCCGUUCUUGCGGUGAACCCGGAGAUGUCCCACAUGGCUGGGUCACUGCCGACUGUCAUACAUUUGGCUGUCGAGCAGUAGUCCAAUGUGGCCAAGGAUUCGAGCUCGUUGGUAAAGCAGAGCGGUACUGCCAAUCAGACGGUGCUUGGGCUCCUAAGGAACUCCCAACUUGUGUCCGAGAGAAGGGGACAGUUUGAAAAAAAAAUCAUUACAUUUUCGUAGUUCUAACAAUCAAUAGUAGAUCUACUGUUAUAGUUUAAAAUUUUAUGAAAAUUAAAGUCAUUUUAUAAUGGCCAUGGUAAAAUAAUUAACUGCCUUUUGCCUAAAAAUACAUAAGUAGAUAAGUUAGUAGUCGGAUUUUGGAAAUUAUAAAUUUACUGUUAUUUAAUUUCUUAUAAAAGCUUUGAAAUCGUUAUUGUA